AUGCCUGUGGUGGUUGCCGCCGGGACCGAAGCCGUGAAAAGGUCAAGGACGACAUUCAAGGUUGUAUACUCCGAGGAGCCUUCGCCCAGCGCAGUGGUUAAUGUUGAUCGUAACAAUGUUACCGCGACACCAGAGUCACUGUCAGAUAGUGAAUGGGUGUGUGUCAGCGAGAGAAUGUCGUGGAUUAUGUAUAGCUCGGUCUGGGGUAAUAUGACUGUGCCGGUAACGUGA